AAGCAAGGAAUCCCAUUUAUUUACAUUCUUUCACGCACACAUACCAUCCAUCAACUAUUAUUGAGUCACCUACUCUGGGAAUAUCACUUUCAAGUUGACUUUGACUGACCCUUUAUCACCUAUUUGCCUAGCAAUUACCGUGGACAGUAAUCCAGCAGCCGUCCAACCAGUGCAUCUCAACUGUACAGCCCAGAAUGAAAGCACCAUCGUGGCUCUUACCUUCACCAAUUGUCAAAUAGGUGGUUCAGUCAACCUAAACACAAAUGUGAAUUCCAACAAUCAAGGAUCCGGUCUACCAGUGAAACCAUUGGCUGAUCCUAUCACAGUGGGAACUGCUCCUCCAACUGAAAGCAAUGGAGAUCCGAUUUUAAAAUGUCAACAGGCAUUGAAGUCUGCGCUUAAGAGUAAAUUCAGCCAUAUGCGCGAGGGGCUUCUGACACAAGGAAACAAGAUUUCUCUCGAUAAGAAGUACACAGAACUUUACGUGGUGGUGGGAGGAGUUAGGGCUGUCAAUCAAGAGCAUGAGGUAAGACAGAUUGAGAGGGUGUCCCAGAUCACAGAAACCCAGGAGGAAACCAUCAGAUGCAACGAUAUCUUCUGUCUUUCGGACAAACAGGAACACCCCGUGAGGACUGUCCUCACCAUGGGUGUGGCUGGCAUUGGAAAAACAGUAUCCACCAGUAAGUUUGCUUUAGACUGGGCAGAGGAUAAACACAAUCACAACCUGGAUUUUGUAUUUCCACUUUCAUUUCGAGACCUUAAUCUCAUACAUAAGCCUACAAGUCUAUCAGAGCUUUUGCUUACGUUUUAUCCUCAAGUGAAAGAGGUCCAGAGGUUGGACACGUUGAAAGUGCUGCUCAUACUGGACGGUCUCGACGAGAGCCGCCUCUCCCUCGACUUCAAAUGUGAGUUAGUGAACGAAGUGUCGCAGCAAACCACAAUACAAGUGCUGCUGACUAAUAUCAUUAGGGGCACCCUGCUCCCCUUCGCCCUGGUCUGGGUGACCUCCAGACCGGUUGCCACAGACCAGAUCCCUGGCGAGUGCAUCGACCUGGUGACCGAGGUGAGGGGCUUCAGUGACCUCCAGAAGGAGGAGUACUUCAGGAGGAAAAUCAGUGACCAACGACUGGCCGAACAGAUACUCUCCCACGUGAAGUCCACCAGGAGCCUCCACAUCAUGUGCCACAUACCCGUCUUCUGCUGGCUGAUCGCAACAGUCCUUGAGAAGGAAUUUACCAAAACCACAAGACAGAGUCAGCAGCAGACGCCAAAGACGCUGACGCAGAUGUACAUACACUUCCUGGCCCUGCAUGAGGAGGGCAUGACGCAAGGACGGAGACAGUCCAACGUCGAGAGUACGAGGUUGAACCUUAUUUCCCUUGGUCAGUUGGCCUUUAAAGAGCUGGAGAAGGGCAAUUUCAUAUUCUACGAGAAGGACCUGAUAAUUCACCGCAUCGACACCACACAGGAGUCGUUGUUCUCGGGCAUCUACACACAAAUCUUCAACCAGGAACUGACACUGGGUCAGGAGAAGGUGUUUUGUUUUGUGCAUCUCAGCAUUCAAGAAUUCCUCGCUGCUCUUUACGUGUUCCUCAAAUUCAACAACGACAAAGACAACGUGUUGGUGAAGAGGUCAUCUGGUUCUAGGUUCAUACCGUUCAGAGAUCCAUCUGCACUCAUUCUCUACAAAGCAGCAGUGGACAAGGCUUUGCACAGCCCUGACGGACGUUUCGACCUCUUCCUUCGCUUUCUUUUGGGUCUGUCACUGGAGUCCAACCAGACUCUGUUGAGAGGUCUGUUGACCCAGAGUAAAUCAAACGCCAAGGUCCGAUUAGAGAUUGCCAAACACAUCAAGGAGAAGAUCAGGGCUUCCAAUUACUCGGAGCGAUGUAUGAAUCUGUUACAUUGUCUCAAUGAGAUACAUGACAACUCCCUGGUAGAGGAGAUUCAGAGUUACCUGCGAUCUGGAAACCUUUCAACGGCUAAACUGUCACCCACUCAGUGUUCCACGCUGGUCUACAUACUGCUUACGUCAGAGGAGAGGUUGACGGUGUUUCAGCUUGGCAGCUACAUCAGGUCGGAGGAAGGACUUUUUCGGCUACUGCCCGUGGUUAAAGAGUCAGAAAUAGCCAAUCUGGGAGGAUGUUACCUCACAGCAAAGUGCUGUAAAGACUUGGCCUCUUGCAUCAGUUCAUCUCAUCUUAAAGAGUUAGACCUGAGUGAGAACAAGCUGACAGAUGAAGGGGUAAUGCAGCUCUCUGAUGGGCUGCAGAAAUGCAGACUUGAAACACUCAGAUUAAAGAACUGCAGUUUAACAGCAAAGAGCUGCAUAUCGCUGACCACAGUUCUCAACUCAAAAUCCUCUGGACUGAAAACGUUGGACCUGACUGACAACAGCCUGGGGGAUUUAGGAGUGAAGCAGCUUUCCCAUGGACUGACGAGUCCUUUCUGUACACUGGAAUUGCUCAGUUUGCCCCUCUGUAGGAUCAGUGAAGAAGGCUGUACUUUUCUGGCAUCAGCUCUGAACGCGUGCUUCCUGAGAGAGCUGGACUUGAGCUACAACCACCCAGGGGACGACGGACUGAGGCUGCUCUACACCAUGUUGGACGACCCCCAUUGCCCUCUGGAGAAUCUCAGUGCUGAUCAUUGUGAUGAAUGCAGAAUCCAAGAGGACCCAAAGAAAUAUACCACACAGCUCUCUCUGGACCCCAACACCGCCCACAGGGACCUGACCAUUUCCGAGGGGAACAGGCACGCCAGGCGAUGGAUAACUCAGCCCACGGAGGACCUCCCCGAGAGGUUUGACUUCUGGACCCAGGUGCUGUGCGUGGAGGGGCUAAAGCACCGCUGCUACUGGGAGACCGAGCUGACUGGGAGGGUUCAGCUGGGGGUGGCCUACGGGCGGAUGCACCGGAAAGGAGAGGGGGACGACUGCCACCUCGGACGCAACGACUCCUCCUGGGGAAUGAGCUGCACCAAAAACGGGUACAACGCCUGGCACAACGGCGUGAACAUCGCCCUGACCGUCGCUCCCUGCUCCAACAGGGUGGGGGUUUAUUUGGACUGGUCAGCGGGGACGUUGACUUUUUAUAGCGUCUCCGUGGGGGAGUUGACCCCCCUACACACCUUCCACGCCUCCUUCACCGAGCCCCUCUACCCAGCUUUUCGGCUCGGCUGGGUGAACGCCACAGUCAGACUGUGUUGAGGAAAAUGUUUGAUGGAUGUUUCUUUGCUAUUAAUCGAUCAGCAAAUGGCGCUUAACCUCCAGUGAAAUAUCUAUUUUUCUAAAAAAACGUUUCCUUUGUUGACUUAUAUUCGGCUCACUGUUUGUCCUUCAGGUAACAAUAACAUGAAUAAUAAAAUUCUACUUAUAUUGUA